GGCUGAGAGUUUCCAAUGGGAUGCUGCUGCUGCUGCUGAUGAUGAUGUGAAUGGGCCGAUCCAUUGAUCCAUUGAUCUUAGAUUGUUGAGGCUGUUACAGAGGGCGCACAGUCCUGCAGAGAAGUUACAAACGGUCCCGGGUUAAGUUUUUGUUCUUUAACUGACAAAAGUGUGAAGGAAGUAUGUGCGUGGUGUGAAACCCCUGAACUAGUUCUUUCUUCUUCUUCGUCUUGAUUUCAUCCGUCAGCUGCAUCGUGCGCAUCGGUGCGCCUUCAGUGACCCAGGCGCGUCCCGUCAUGUGGAUUACUAUUGUUUUGGCGUGUGCUGUGGCAGCGGCGCGUCCCGGCGGCAGCUCGGGAUGUCAGCUGGCCCACGACUGGAGACCCCAGACAGAAGCGUGCCGUGCUGAGUUGGCCGAGAUUAUAGUCUUCGCCAAGGUGUUGGCGCUGCACAAGGAGUCGUACAGUGUGUACAACUACCUGCCGUGGCAGCACGACACCGACCUGCUCUACUCAGCCGAGAUAGAGCUGCUGUGCGACCAGGCGUGGGGCAGCAUGCUGGAGGUCCCCGCCGGUUCCAGGUUUAAUGUCACUGGCCUGGGAUACUUCCCCUGCUUCACCUACAGUGUCACCAAAAACAACAACUACUACUUCUUCCUGAGGAUGGAUGAGAACUACAAUAUUGUCCCUCAUGGCGUGAACUUCCAGGACCCCAUCUUCCCUGACACUGCAGACAACCAUCGUGCGUUCUCCAGCCUCUUCCAGUUUUCCAACUGCACGCCCGGCACUCAGGUCCACAGCUUCACCCCGGAGUGGGAGGCUCAGGAGGACAGCAGGUUACUGUGCUCCACAGUGCAGAAGGCUCUGUUUGAGGAGGAAGAGAUGGUGAGGACUCUCUCACAGAAGGUGCGCACCCUGGAGAAAGCCAAUGGCCACUUGCGGGAAAAGGUGAAGACCAUGAAACGUCUGCUGCGUCAGGCCCAAAGAGAAACCACGAAGGAGCAGCAGACCCUCAACCAUAAACAAAUCUAUGAGUCAAAGACACCCCAGACUCACCCGGACCAGGACACCACCCAGGACCAGAAGAACCCGUCCCUGAAAAAGGUUGUCACCAAGAAACUAAAAAAUUAGACAUUGAAUUUCUUUCAUUGUAUGUAAAACACUUUUUGCUCCCAAUGAGGCAAAAAAGAUAUUUGGGUAAAAAACUGGGGGAGGUGAUAACAACAUCGAGUAGCUGAUUAGUUUAAACCAACAUUAGAUUCUUAUCAGUAACCUAUUUAAUAUGUUAACUUCAUUUCCUGGUGAAACUGACUGGUGCCAUUACAAAUAUCAGCUACAAAGACAUGAUAUACAUUUGAAUUUGAACCCCGGUUGUCAAUGGGAUUUUUUUUCCUGACGUGAACUGUUGUCUUCUCACAUGCAGUAGCUCAAGUGGAUAGUGUUAAAACAGUAGAACUUCUUUCUUACAAUAGUUGUGUUUUUUUUCUGUGCUGGACACAUUACACAUUCUCUAAAUGUUAAAGUAAAUACAUUUCUUUUGUCAGAAAUAUGCUCAAUAAAAUGGGAUUUCUUUUCUAAUCUCUUCUAAUCUUGACUAGCACCGGACCAUGCACUUGUGCUUGGACAAUAUAAAAAUCUCAUAUCAGGAGAUAUGGCAAGAGACAAAAACAUGCCACAGUGAAUCCACUUUAUCUUAGCAGGAUACAAUCACAUUAGAAGAUAGAGGAAGAUGGUGUCAAUAACAUAAAUACCACAUUAAUGAACACAUUAAUGGCAAAGAAAAUUAAAUGGCUGUUAGGUGGCUAUAAAUAGCUAGCGUACGGCUAAUUAUAAGAGUGGGCUACAUUUAUCUAGCUAAUGCUAACAGCUUGCUAAAUUUAGCAGCUAACAGCUCAUACUAACAGCAGGGUACAGCCAGCUUGGUUAAAGGUAGCUUUAUUUAAUGGUGACCAGAACACUAUUUGGCAUCAUAACCAAACAAAUGUUUCAAUAAACAUUUGUGUGAUUUAACCAACACAUGGUGCAGCAUUAAGUAUUUGACGCAGACGUUAUAGUUAAUUAACUUUUAACCAGGAAUUCAGUGAAUAAGAUUGAGUGGUGGUGACAGAAAUUGGUGCAUAAAAUGGAGGAACAGACACAUGAGAUUGCCCCAACUAUGAUUAGGAUGAAAAACAACCAUGACUGAGUGUUUUUCUUUUAUCACAAUGCUAAAUAAUAUUGUUUAGUUUGUAUUGAAUUACAAAGUUACGAUUCCAUUUUUUAUUUUUUUUAUCCUUCGUCUGGUUUUCAUUUAUUAGUUUGAAUUAUUCAUACCUUGACAAACUUUUGCAAAGUAUACGUUUUUUUUUUUGUUUCAACUUCUGUGACAUCCGUGUCCAUUCAUAUACUAAGUUGUACUGAAGGACAAUGUCAUUUUUGUGCUUGAAAACAUGGUGUUGAGCACCUACUGAACCCAGUCUGUCAGCCUGGCGUGGUACCAGGCUGUUUUUCCUUCUUUCUUUCUUUCUGUGUCAGAAAUGAGAGUUUGCCUCUUGAAGACUUUCUGCAUUUGCUUGUUUUUUUAUUCGUUAUUUUUGCUUUCUCUUAACUAUAAACAUCUGGUUUGCUUUGCCAGCAGCAUAAUCAUUUGUGUAACAGUUAUGGAAGUUUUUGUUUGUUUGUUUUUACAUUCUGUAUAUAUUAAUAAAUGAUA